AUGGUUCUGGCCAUUUUCCUGCAGCCAAUUAUUGUGUUCCUUACUGUUCAAUCUAUACCGGUCGAUAACGGUGUAGAAGGGGAGCCGGAAAUCGAAUGUGGUUCGACCGCGAUCACCGUGAAUUUCAAUACCAGGAACGCCUUCGAAGGGCACGUUUACGUAAAGGGCUUUUUCUCGGAUAAGCGGUGUCGUUCAGAUGAUGGGGGCCGACAAGUAGCCGGUAUUGUCACUCCUUUUGAUGGCUGUGGUUCACAACGAACGCGAUCGCUUAAUCCAAAAGGAAUCUUCGUUCAAACAACUAUCGUCAUUUCAUUUCACCCGCAUUUCCUCACAAAAGUCGAUCGUGCGUACCGAGUCUCGUGUUUCUACAUGGAAAGCAAUAAAGAUGUUAAUUCUCGUCUAGACGUUGCCGAACUCACAACAGCAAGCGUCACUGGACUGGUUCCGAUGCCAGUAUGUCGAUAUGAUAUCUUGGAGGGAGGCGCCUAUGGAAAUCCUUUGAAGUUUGGCAAAAUCGGUCAACAAGUCUAUCAUCGAUGGAGCUGCACCAGCCAAAACAGCAUGUUCUUUUACUAUUUGCAGUUCAAUUAUAUUUUCCUAGACUGA